AUGGGUUACUCGGAGAUUCCAUGUCAAAUCUGUGGCGUUAGCUUUAACAUAGGACGAGAUCGGACUCCAGAUGAAAUUGAUGACGAAAGUGCUUCCUGGUAUAAUCCAGAUGGAGGGUAUAAGGCGGGGGAUGAAAGUUGUGGUACCGAGUAUGGAUGUUUGUUCUAUCGUACAGCAUUGAUUCCAGAACAGAAUGGAGAGCACAAUAUGCAAAAUAAUCUACCUUUCUAUGAAGAUAACACACCCAUGGUUGAGGAUGACAGUUUGUCGUAUUCCUAUGAAAGUGCAUCGGAUGAUGAGCCUUUGGAGUAUGAUUCAGACUCGGAUGAGAGUUCCUCCAAAGACCAUGUUUUGGAAGCAUCUUCCGCAAUAGAAGAUCACCAAGACGCCCAAAUAGGCAAUGAGAUGGAAAUAGAUGACUACGAGAGUGAUUGCAAUUUCGACUCAGAUGACGACAAAAAGCUAUAUCACGAAUGGUUAUCGAAAUUCGAUCAACACAAGUUACUAAAUCCUCCAAGAGUCGAGAAGAUCAUGAUGACUAAUGAAGAAGCACAAAGUGUGCAGUGGGAGAAUAAAUUUACACAUCUACCAGGCCCCAAAUGCUCAGGAAGCAAAGCAUACAAUGGCAAUUUCAUCACUGCUCAAGAAAUGAGAGGGUGUACCACGGCACAAUGUCUCGUUUACAAGGAUAAUAACUGGAGUCCUAGCCCUGAUGACGAAGACUUUGAACUCGAGGGGGGUGUCUUUCUUUCCGGUCUUGGUGACCAUGUACCUUCACGGGACAUGGGUUACGUCGUAUUAGCGCCAGCCCGUCAUGGACUCGAUAACGAUGUGCUCGCAGAUACUGUGAUUUGGCAAGUGCCUCCAAAUACUCAGGAAGUGGCAAUGCCAUUUCAUCCAACUUGUCUCGAGGUCUAUAAACAUGCAUCACGGCUAAGUUUCAAUCAGACUUCUAUUCAAGAUUUAAUGAAGUGGCGCGAUAAAGAGUCCUGCUACAGAUAUGACACUGAUUUUCCUCGCGAUCGCGCUGUCCGUCACUGCAGUGAGCAAUGGUGGAGCCAUAGUCGCGGCACAGAAUGGCUCGCCGCAAACCCUGUCUUCAUACCAGCUUUGCGCUCUGUCUUUCAAUCAGCAAUAACCAAAAAUUCACAUUUCUCCCUCAGCUCGCCAGCCUUCCCUAUCCGCCCUUCAAAACCUCGGCCCCGACGGUCCCCACGUAAUGAUUCUCGGGAUCCAUUCCUCAAGCUGUCGCAAGAACUUCAAGAUGAGAUUAUAUUGUAUCUUCCAUCUAAAGAUAUUGCCUCCAUUCGUCUCGUAUCCAGGGCUUUUACUCAACUUUCUCAGGGUUUCUUUUAUAAACUUGUUAUUUCUGAAAUGCCUUGGUUGUGGGAAAUAUACGAUCUCACACCUCCAUCUUUCUGGGCUACUGUUUCUGGGGCGGACCUCAAGUCUCGUGAAAAAAGACGAACAGAGCAUAAUGAGCAGUUAGUGGCAUUGCGUUCACUUAUUUGGGAAGAACUUCCCGAGUUGUACGACGAAUGGAAAGCUGCUGAGCCCAUGUUUGAUGAGAAAAUUGAGGGGGCGUUGAAGACGGGGUUUGAGAAUGGGGUUGAUACGAAGAAAUUGGAUUGGUAUCAGUUGUAUUUGGGAAUUACUAAAGGAUUCAAGGAGGGAAGAUUGAAAGGGUUACGAAACAGAGAGAGGAUUUGGAAGGAUGUGGAGGAGAUUAUAAGAAGAAUAAAGAAGUAUGAGGAAACGGGAUGGGCUGUUGCAGAGAGAGGUCAACAAGUGGUCUGA